AUGACGAAUCAAAAAUUGCAAAUUACAAAGAGCUCAAUAAGUCAGCUUCUUUUUUCACCUCUAACAAGGUAUCGAGAAUAUCAUGCCAGAAAAAUCUUUUUUAGCUUAACGAGACUUGAAGUUGCGAAAUCUAUUAUCAGAAAAAAUAAAUGUGACAAUUUAUUGCUUAUUCUUGGAAUCGAUUCUCGGUAUAAUAGGGGCUCCAUAAAUGCAGUUUCAUUUUUGAUUUUUAAUGCAUUCGAACACAAUCAUGACGAGAUUGCUAAAAGUAAAUUAGAGUCAGAUAUAUUCGAAGAUGUUUUCUUGUGCAUAGGCUUGAACGAAAUUAUAAUAUACUGCAAUUUUGCCAGUUAUUCUUUACUUCUGCCGUAUAUUAGUCACUGGCCAAACCUUCGUAUACAUUUCGUUAGUGAAAAAGAUAUGAAGCAAUUUGAAAAACAUGAAGAAAUUAAAGUAAAUAUUUUUGAAUGUACUAUGUCCAGUGCUAAAAGGAUAAGUAUCCCAUAUGCAGAUGCUCACGGCAACAAGGUCAAAGAAUUUAAUAAGUUAAUGAUCGAAGACUGGCCGUUAAUUCAAAGCUAUGCUUUCGAUAUCGAACAUCAGUCAUCAAGGGAGUUUUUCACCUUAUCGCGUGAAGUAGUCGAUGUUGAAAAUGAAUUUCAUCAGUUAACAAAAAGGAUCGAUCCUGUAUUCAUUGAAUCUGUUCUAGUCAGAACUAUGUUGACUUUCACAAGCUCAUUCGAAGUUACACUCCGUUCAGUUGACUCAACUUAUCAGUCAAAUCGACUACAUGAACUAGCGCAAAAACAAACUGAAGCUCUUGUGAGUAUGUACAACUAUUCUGUUAGGGAAAAUGGAGAUUUAAAAGAACGCAUACAUUCACCUUUCAUCGUCUAUGGCAUAAACACAUGCAAAGACUAUUUGAAAUUUACCAGUCUGUUUACAUUUUCCAGCAGUGAGGAUGAUGUAAGCCACAUGAUAAUUCAUGGUAGUGAACAGUAUGUUGGAAUUUCUUGUGAGAGAACUUAUUUCCUUCAGAAAUCGUUAAGAUUAGAUACACAAGGGUGUUUACGAAUGAAUACUCUUGUUCAAGUCUACUUACAUUUGUUGAAUUCUGUGAAAAUGUUAGUUAAUCAAGUCAAAACAACUUUGAUGGAAUUUGAUGAGAUUGUAUCAGUGAAUAAAGAAGAGUUAAAAAUGAAGUUGAAUUUCGUGAAGUAUGAUGAAAUUGAAAUAGAUUUUCAAUGUGUUUACGGAAGACCUGAUGAAGCUAUACAUUUAAUAGCUUUUAUCUUCCGGGUAUAUGAUAUUCAAGAUGAAAACAACGUAACAAUUGGCAGUGUUGGAGUUAAAGAUACCCUACUUAUUUCAAAUCUCAAGUUAAAUAAUGUUCUUAUUAAUAGAAGUUUAAUCAAUGUUACUGAGAAUAUACCAUAUAUAUGCUUCUGGACACCUGUUGUAAAUGAUUGUACACUGUUUAAUGAGCAUAUCAAAGAAGGGGAAAGGUGUUUAUUCAAUGAAGAAAUGGAGAUGAUUACUGCUCCUGUUGGAAAUGUCUGUUUGUCUUUCAUAAAUUGUAUCUGUUUGGAAAACCAUGUAAUACUUUAUGGUAAACGUGCUGGACUGACUGUUUUGAAACCAGUCAAAAUUAAAUAUUUUCGUUCAUCGGAUACAUCUCAUCCUGAUUUUAUUGAGCUCCAGUUGGAUUCAAGUGAUUUUAUUCAGCCUGUAAAUGCAAAUAUAUCACCUUGUAUUUAUCCAGCAAUAAUAAAACAAGCAAAUGAAACAGGCAUUCAAAAUUCAAUAUGGCUAGUCAUUAAGCAACGUUCGAAAGCUAAGCGGUUAUUGAUUGAAUGUGUUUUUCCUGUAUGGCGUAGUAAAGGUCUUUUAGAAUUUUCAUCAGAUCAACCAAAUCAGUAUGUCAAUAAGGCUUCUUUUGUAAUAGCUCAGGAUUCAGCACAAGAUUCAAACACAUUAUCUUCAUAUGAUGAUAAAAUAUUGUCUGUAAAGGCUAACAGCUCAUCAAAAAAUGAAUCAGUAGACGAGAUGCAUAAUCUCCUGGUUUCACAAAUAGGGAUGCAUCAACCAAGUCUAAGAAAUUGGAUUCGUAUAUUUCGUGAUGAGUUAUUGCAUGUUGAAGCUAGUUUAUGCCUUAGCAUACAAAUUCCAACUGUUAAUAAGUUGUCUGAGUUAGGCUUCAAAUGUGGAAUCAAUCCUCAGUCAUAUAUGACUACUGAAAAAGACAAGGGAAUUGAAUGGAAUCGUGUCAUUAGUGAAGUUGCCAUACGAACACACAGUGUUGCUUACAAGUCAGAAGAAAGUUUAUUCACUUCAGAACAAGAGUUAUCUGAUAUUUAUUAUAAAACUUUGAACAUCGAUAACACACCAAUUAUUGGGGAUAAUGAUGAUGAUGAUAUUGGGCAGUCAGGUUGUAUUAAAUUGGCUGCCUCAUUGGAAAAUAUAAAGCAACCUUUCACUAUUACAGUGAUAUGUGGUCCACCUGGCAGUCGUAAAGAAUUGGUGGUAAAGAGCAUUCUAAACUUUGUUAAAGAUGGCAUCGAAUGGAUUAAAAUGAAACCAAAUAAUACCGAUGAGAUAUUUACAUCUAUAUUCAAAGCCUUACUAAAAUAUUGUCAUCUACAGUUUUCUUUAAACAACAAUAAUAUUGAAAUAAAACCAAGAUGUCGUGGUAUUCUGCUGUGUCCAGGUAUUACUGGUUCAAAAGAAGUUCUUGCUGCUAUUGCUGAAGUACAUCAAAAGCUUGAAUUAAAUGAUAACAUAAUGCCAAUUAAAGUGGGCUGCGUUGCAACCUGUAUAGAUUUACGCAUGGCUGUUAUGGACAGUGGGAGAAUGACAUUUCCCGGUGUACUGGAACUGAUAGCCGAAGGAUGGACGAAUUAUUUACUACUAACAGGACCAACGAAAUCGAACCAGGUAAAUGUAACUCGAUUGGGAGUGCCACUCAGUGAAGUUGAAGAACUCUUACAUUCAGUCAAUCCACGUCUUGGUCAUUUAUCUACACCUGAUGGAAAAGCAGAAAAUAGUCACGUCUUAGAAGCUUUAAUGGAUGAGAACGAAUUUUCUAAUCCUGUGCUACAAAGGGCACGUUUAUUGUCCUAUCCUAGCCUUUGUACGCUUACCCCAUGUUGCCCAAGACUGAGAGAUGUGACACUUCGUUUUAGCCAACCUCUUCAUCGGACAUUAUUCAACAAUGCUGUGAAAGGCAUUUUCGGAAACUUAAAGCCUUGGCCAUUUCAUGGAAACAUUUACACACUCAAUGGUCAGGUCGCUUUCGUAGAAGAUCCAUCAAAAGUAUAUAAAAUUGAUUAUGUAACACUUUCCGGUAUAAAUCGUCUUUACCAAAUAACCAAACAAUCAGAAUUAAAUAAAAACGCCAAACCGUAUUGGUUAACUUGUACUAUUGCAGACGCCUCAAAUACAACACAGCAAUCGAAUGAUGAAAUCAAUAAUUUAUUUGCUGAUUGGAUUAGAGAAACAGUACCUAAAAGAGAAAACCCCAGAGAACUUAUUAAACAUUCGGAUUUAACUGAAGAAGACUUAAAUAAGAUUCAUGAAAAGUAUCAUUUGCAUCCACUUCCAAAAGGGUGGUACUAUACUGGAACAUAUUAUGUGAAUAUGAAUGGAGAAAAGUCUUUUCAGCAUCCAUGUAUAAAUUCAUUUAUUGACGAAUAUAUUGAAGGAGAAAAUAAUAAGAUUGAAGCAAGAAAUGCCCGCUUACGUAGUCAUCCAGUGCCUGAUUUGUUCAGCUGA